AUGUUGAUGGUCGUCCAGCGUCGGCACCUGACCUCGGCUCUGCCAAUACUCUGGUCGGCCGGCCGCGGCGCCGCCAAGGGCCUCCACGCGCGCUACUGGAGCUUCCUGUUCGAGAACCUGCGCCGCGCCGUCGAUGAGAUCUACCAGACGUGCGAGACAGACGACAGUGUGCUCGAGUGCAAGGAAACCAUCAUGAUCCUAGAGAGGUGCACGCAGGACUUCCGUAACUUGAUCGAGUGGAUGAAGAUCAAAUGGGAGUAUGACCACACGCCGAAGCCCCAAAGACCGGCGUCGGUUGCGUGGGAAAUACGGAAGACCUCUCCAGGAAAGCUUCCUCUGGCUCUGGUCGAGAAGAAGCUGAUAGGCGACCAGAGCCGCCGUCAGCUGGCGUUCGAGGACCGGAGCACGGCGGACGCGGCCACGUGCACCGAUCUGCAGGCGGCCGGCGACCCGGACGGCGCCGUCGGCCGCUACCUGGAGCACGCGCUGCGCUCAGCCAUCGAUGCCACGGCCGCCGCCGGCGCCGACGCAGGCGUCGACACCUGCGCCGAUGCCGGCGCCGACUCCCGGACCGGCAUCCAGCGCUCGGUCACCAUCUGCACGGACCGGCCGCCGGCGCCGGCCCAGCUCUACUCCAGCUGCGUCAAGUCGCACUCCAACUCGUCGCUCAGCUCCACCACUUCGUCGUCGGGACACAGCUGGGCGGACCGGGAGGGCCAGGGCGAGGCGCGGCGUGAGGCAAAGCCGGUGCGGCUGGAGAUCGGCCGGAGCGACGCGACCAGCGGAGCGGCCAAGCGUGAGGUUGCCGGGACUCUGGCGCCGUCCGUUGCGCCUGCGGCGCCGCCUGCGGACCCGGCCAUACAUUCUUCCGUCCCCUGCCUUCGCUCCCCCUCGCCUCCCACCUCCUCGCCGCCCACCUCGGCCUCCCAGUCGCCGCCGGUGCUGGCGGUGCCGCCGCCGGCCGCGACCUCGGCCACGCCCGCCUCCGCCUCUGCGGCGGCGGACGGGGCCGGCCGUGAUCUGGCGUCGCCGGUGACCCCGCGUGACCUGACCUCGCCCGAGCUGGACGAGGACAGCGUGGACGAGGAGAUGGUGAUGGCCGAGAAGGCGCUGCAGUCGGCCAUCGUGGAGGAGCGCCAGCUGGAGCAGCAGCUGGCCGAGACGGAGAAGUGCGUCAUCGAGGUGGACACGGAGACGGACGGCGACUCGACCUCGAUCGACACCGAGUGUGAGGGCGACGGUGACGAGGAGUCGGGCCGCACGGCACCCACGCCGCGCAGCCUCAUCGAGGACCAGUACGCGCCCGAGCUGGAGGGCCUGUCGUGGGGCGACCGCAUGGACAUGCUGGAGGAGCUGGAGGACAUCUCCAGCCGCAAGCCGGGGCGCGGUCUCCAGAUGCACGAGAAGCUCUCAUCUCCCAGCCGCAAGAAGGCGCUCUCCGAGACGAUUCGACUGCACCAGGAGCGCCAGAAGAAGGCCAGUCACAUGCGCCAGACGCUGAUGGAGCAGAAGACGCAGAAGCUCAGCGAGAUCAGCAUCAAGAUCGAGGAGGUGCGUCAGCAGAAGGAGCAGCUGCUGGAGCGGCGCCGCCUGAUGCUGGAGCGCAAGAUGUCGCGCGCUGAGGAGAAGCGCAAGAAGCACUUGCAGGGUAUCGUGCGGCGCGCGCACGACGAAGAGGAGAAGGCCAAGGAGAUCGCCUUCAUCAACGAGAUGGAGGCCAAGAACAAGCGGCACGAGUUCCUCUCGCAGAUCCAGACGCAGGAGGCGCGCCUGGCCGGCAUCCAGGAGGAGCGGCAGCGCCGCGUGGAGGAGAAGGCCGCCAAGGAGGCGGCCGUGGAGGAGAAGCGACGCGCCCUGGAGCAGGAGCGGCGCGUCAAGCUGGAAGAGCUUAAGCAGAAGCGCCAGGAGCGCCUGGAGCGCAUCCACCGCGAGCAGCAGGACAAGGAGAAGGAGCGCCAGGAGAUGGCGCGCGAGAAGCAGCGGGACCGGGACGAGCGGAUCUCGGCGCUGCACGCGGCCCAGCAGGCGACCGCCGAGGAGCUGCAGAAGCGCAUCCAGCAGAAGCAAGAGGAGUCGGCGCGCCGCCACGAGGAGAACAUGGUGCAGAUUCGCCAGAAGGCGCUGGAGCUGAGCGUGCGCAGCGCCGCCGCCGGCAGUGACGACACGGGCGCCCAGCUGGCGCCCUACGACACCAAGAAGAUGUGCACGCUCUGUAACGUGCUGAUCGGCUCGGAGGUGUAUCUGCUGUCGCACCUGCGCGGCCGCCAGCACCAAGAGUCGGUGCGCGCCGCGGCCGGCGCCGACCUGGCGGGCGAGGAGCUGCUCACGUACAACCUGCGCCACAUCACCGACGCCGCGCCCCAGCACAUCAUGAACAUGACCUUCGACAAGGAGCGCCACAAGACGCUGCGCAAGCGCUGCAAGAAGAUCAAGGCGCGCAUGGUGGCCAGACAGGAGGAGUUCGCCAAGUCGUCGCAGGUGCGCCAGCCGCCGGUGGACUCGCCGCACCGUGCCAAGCUGACCAAGUGCGUGAAGGAGCUGAACAAGACCGUGUCCGGCCAGGGCCGCGGCCCGUGGCCGAACGCGGCCGUCUCCGCUCUGGACCGCACCCUGGGAGAGAUGACGCGUGUCCUCGAGAAGGGGAUUCGCGGCCGACCAGACGACCCUGUGCGCCAGCGGCGGCCUGGCCGUGCUCUCCGGCAUCAUCUCCGAGAUCGAGCAGGAGCUGGCACGAGACGUCGAGAUCGUGCCGGCCCGGACGGUGGGCAACGUCAGCCGGGCGCUGGCGGCCGCCUGUCGGGACCACGCGGACAACUGCCUGCACCUGGUCAACAGCAACAUGGUGGGCGGCGCCCUCGACUUGCUGAUGACCAGGCUCACCCGGCUGUCGUCCACGUGCGCGGCCGCCGGCGGGUGCACUGCGACCCGGGCGCCGCGGCGCUGAUGCAGCUGACCUCGGCCGUCCUGGCGGCGCUGACCCGCUCCGACCUGUCGCACCAGCGCUGGGGCGUGCUGCAGGACGUGUGCAGCUACCUGGUGUGCGUCGGCACGGUGGACAAGAUGGCGUCGUUCUUCAGCUGCGUGCAGGGCGGACCGGACCUGGACCCGCACCUCAGCGACUUCCUGGUGCAGAGUCUGCGCCUGCUGCGCACCAUGGCUGCCCUGCUCACCUCCAGGUACCCGCAGAGCACGCAGCGCAAGGACGCGCUGGACCGGACGGGCUUGAUCGCCACGCUGCAGGUGACUCAGCUGGCUGGCAUCGUGUCGAUGCUGUACUCGGUGCUGCUGCGCCAGCACUCGCCGGCCCAGCGCGGUCAGACGCCGCCGCCGCGACUCGACGACGCCGCACUCCGGCUGGCCACGGAGGGGCUGGCCACGCUGCUCCAGCUGGCCCAGCUCGACCUGCACAUGUUCCAGCUGUGUCUGGGCUUUGACGGCCGGUCGGUGGAGUUUCGUCACGUGACCAGCUACCUGCUGUGGUACUGCUCGCACCACGAGCGGCCCGACCUGCUGCACCUGGUCAUUCAGUCCACCGGCUACUUCGCCGUCCGCUGCUACGACAACCAGAUGGUGAUCCAGAAGGGCAACAUGCCGACGGUGCUGCAGCAGCUGCUGACGCUGCCGUUCAGCUACUUCAGCGACCCGACGCUGACGGCCGUGCUGUUUCCCACGCUGCUGGCCUGCAGCUUCGACAACGCCCAGACGCGCGCUAUCCUGCAGGAGGAGCUCAGCUUCCAGAUCCUUGAGGACUUUCUGAAGCACGAGUCGAGCCGGUCGUGUCACCUGGUGCGGGUGCUGCUGACGACGGACGAGGAGGGCGGCAGCGCGCGCUCCGACUGCGCCAGCAUCCGCUCAGCCAGCGUGGCCUCCUCGUGA